AUUCUCGCGGUCGCGCCGCCGAGUCGCCGUGUCGGUUCGAUGCCAGAACGAGGCGCUAUUAUGACUCGAGUCCGGCUCGGUGAUCGUCGUAAGUCGAGGUGAAUUUGCACCGGCUCGCAUUGAGACGGCAUUGAACGCGGAAUACGCACGAAAAUCACGCGCGAAUUUGGCUCUUGUUUUUACUUCCGUUUUGCCGUCCGGCAAAAGAAGACGUGUGGCGCACAUCGCGCUCUGCCCUGAUCCGCGAAACACGCUCUCGUUACGCCAGUCCCGUUUGUUUUCAGCGAAAUCAUGAAAUGGCCUGCAAAUCAUUCAGAGGAUUUGGUGUUGAGGAAUGUAGGCGACGAAAGCACGGAUCAAAAUAAUAACAUAACUAUGACGAGUGAAGAUCUAUUACAGCCUGGCCAUGUGGUCAAAGAACGCUGGAAAGUUGUAAGAAAAAUAGGCGGUGGUGGAUUUGGAGAAAUUUAUGAAGGUCUGGAUUUAAUGACAAAAGAACAAGUUGCCCUUAAAGUUGAAUCUGCACGGCAACCCAAACAAGUCUUAAAAAUGGAAGUAGCUGUACUAAAAAAAUUGCAGGGUAAAGACCAUGUGUGCCGUUUUAUUGGCUGUGGACGUAACGAUCGAUUUAAUUAUGUUGUAAUGCAAUUACAAGGCAAGAAUUUAGCCGAGUUGCGCAGGGCGCAACCAAGAGGUGCUUUCUCACUCUCUACUACAUUACGUCUUGGUCUUCAAAUUUUAAAAGCUAUAGAAAGUAUUCACCAAGUGGGAUUUCUGCAUAGAGACAUUAAACCUUCAAAUUUUUCGAUCGGCCGUCAUCCUUACAACUCCAGGCUAGUAUAUAUGUUAGAUUUCGGUCUAGCCCGACAAUUCACUACUGGUACGGGAGAGGUGCGACCGCCCCGUGCUGCCGCAGGAUUUAGAGGAACCGUCCGAUACGCGUCAGUCAAUGCACACAAAAAUAAGGAGAUGGGUCGGCACGAUGACUUGUGGUCAUUAUUUUAUAUGCUAGUCGAAUUCGUUAAUGGACAACUGCCAUGGCGAAAAAUAAAGGAUAAAGAGCAGGUGGGCCUUAUGAAAGAAAAGUACGAUCAUCGAUUGUUGUUAAAGCAUCUCCCAUCUGAUUUACGAGUCUUUUUGGAACAUAUUCAGAGUUUGGAGUAUGCAGAUAAACCGGAUUAUGCUAUGUUAUCUGGCCUGUUCGAAAGAUGUAUGAAACGUAGGGGUGUAAAGCCGAAUGAUCCCUAUGAUUGGGAACGACCAUUAAUAGCUAAUGAAGGUUUAUCAACUACCAGAUCGUUGCCUACAGUACCACCUGUAGCAGCACCGCUUACCACAGCUACCACCAUUAAUCAGCCGCCGACUAUAAAUGUGGAUACGAAUAAUCAAGAAAACGUGGAGCCAGACAACAGAAAGGAGUUGGAUGCACAACUGGAUUAUGAAAGUAUAUAUAGAAGAAAUAGACAACGAGGAAUAGAAGGUUCGCCGGUGCCAUUCGCGGCAGCUAUUAGCAAUCACGGUAGGGAUAAAAAUUGCAAUGCCACGAUACCAACGACUGAUAAUACGCAUCAGCAAGUCGCGCAACAGACCAUGUCGCCUCUACCAACACAAGGAUCUCCUAAAAAACGACGCGCCGUAUCUAUGGCGGUCGACCCGGUGACCGAGCAAAGGGAACCUCUCAGAAGAGAGCCGAGAAGAAGAGCGGACAGCCGGCAACAAGUGAGAGGCGGACGUUCGACGGUACGCGACUGUUCCAUUACGCAGUUCGCGCAAAUAGACGACGACAAUGUGUCCGCCCUGCAGCAAGUGACCAAAGGCGGUGGAGGAUUGACUCUGGCCUCGCAAUGGAAGUCGCAGUUUGACGACUCCGAAGAGACCGAUAACGAGUGGAAGGGCGAGAAUUUGCAGAGUCCCGAGCACAAAGGAACGAGUGCUCCAUCCAUACCACCGCAGCCCGCAGAUGUUGUCGAAGGCUCGCAAAAACUUGACACUAAACCUACCGUGGCGCAACCGGAUGUGCCGAACGAGUGUCAACAACAGUCUCUGGUUCCCGCAGCGUUGUCGAAAAUAAGCGAGGAUUCGCCGAGACCAGCGACACUACAUAGAUGUUUAAAUAUCGCGGGUAUUGAAAAAUAUCCGGAACUCCAAGGGGCGCUUCCACGAGCUUGGAGUGUUCCGGUGUUAGCGCCGCAUGUCCGACCUUAUCUUGAAGCUCCAUUGGUUCAACAGGCGGCAUUCGACGAUUUGCUGUAUGAAGUGGACGUUAUGAGAAAUGUCGCCACCCGAUACGACGAGCCGAGGCAAACUGAACCAACCAGAAGAUCUAGUCUACCAGCAGUGGCUUUUUCUGUUUCUGACACGAUGUUCAACACUCCCAGAGGGGAGGAAGAGGAGGAAGCAGUAGCGGGGAGGUUAGAAAUCAGAGUGGUGGAUGCGACCGGUGGUGCUACGAUUGUGCAAACCAGCGCCGACAGAGAACCAUUACAAAAAAAAUUAGCAAACGGCACGGCGGGUAGCCCGGCUAGUCCUAAUCCGGGACCGGAAGAACCAUCGAUAUAUUACGACGCUACCGAAAAUCGACCGAUCGCAAACGCGAGUUUGCAAAAGGAGUCGUCUAGUAUUAUUACUGCCCCGACUACUGUACAAAACGCAGUAUUGCCUCGUGAUAAUAAGGAUAAUAAAGAGAAGGAAACAUCCAGUAGGACGUACAUCACUCAUAGUAAAAUACCGAUUCCCGUGAAGAGUCCGAGAUGCUCGCUAUCCGAAUCGACGCCCGAGAAUAAUACUCCGAAUAUCAAAGCGGGAACAGGAAGUGAUGUAGAAAAACUGCCGACGCCCGCAGCCGCAACUAAGGAGAAAGAGAAUACCAGCUCUGCCGAAGACGAAAAUCUAACUGGAUGCACGCCCGCUUUGCGCCGCCGGAGACAAAGUGAAAAGUAUGUGACAGACGCUAGUCAGCUGAAUCUGCAGUUCCAAAGACCGCAACACAGAACGAGACCGCAGUCCGAGGUAUUGCCGAGGCUUUCUCCGAGGGGAGUACCGUCGCACCUUCUACGAGAGCCAGGUAAAAAGUCCGAGGAGAGCAGUGAAAGUGACUCGAACAGCAGCGGACCGCCCAAGUCGGCCCGUCAACCGCCACCGCCACCCACGUCGUUGCCACCACAUAUAGCCGAGAACAAUGCUAGAUGCCGUCGUUAUUGGCCCAUACCAGACGCAACGGUUGCCAGCAGAGAAUCGUGAGAUUUGGUAUAUUCGAAAUAACAAAUAGCCGCGGUUUGCGUUAAGGUUUUAGAGAAGGCUUUACUGCUCAACUAACGGAGAAUGUGAUAUCAUUUGGGGCAGCGAUCUUUCUGAUAAAUAACGUCGUCGGAUACGUGAAAAUUUUAGCGAAAGUGCAUAUCUGUAUAUCUACGUGGAUACAGAAACUAGCUAUUCAUUUAGCAUGCGAAGAUGUAAACUGUCUGUGAAUGCAUAUUCAGAUAAUGCCGCUUUAAUUAACUACUGAAAUUCUUGAGCGAGCUCGUCGAAAAAAAGGAAAUAUCCCGAGUUAUUUCUGGGGGCGCGUUGCUCAAUAAAUAAAAUUUCAGUAAAUUGACUAAAAAAGUGUAUGUGAGAUUGUUUUCAGUGUGCAAUCACAGUGCAACAAUCCGAUGAUCUGAGAUAGUCGCUUUUUAAGGACUAUGCUCCUUCGUUACUUAGAUAUACACUUGCCGUUUGUGUUACAGUAUGAACAUGUCCAUCUAGUAUCUUUAGAUUUUUACAUAUGAUAUUAUAUAUUUUCUUUUUCUUUUUCUUUUUUUUUUUUUUCUUUUUUACACCUUAGAUUUGCAUAAAUUGAUUUAUGCAUCUCGGAUGUUAUGUAUAUGUUACCAGAGAGAACUCUAUGCUUUUAUUAAAUCCGAUAGAAAUUCCUUUGCACAGAAGUAACAAAUGCACCUUUCCUCACAUAAUUUCUAUAUGAAAAUUUUCUUGUCAAGUUUUGUAAGCUUUAUAAUUUUACUUUAGUGAUAGUGAUAUAAAAAUAUUUCUGUUAUCCUCUAAUACAAAUAUUAUAACAACUGCUGUUGUACACUGAAACGUACUUUAUUUGUUAACAUAAUACGGAUAUUUUAUAUCUGAAGAGAAUGAGUGCUUGAUAAUUCGAUUAAAAUUGUACUCACCCGAUUUAUAAGCGUGCUUUAAAUUAUUAGUAAUUUAGAGUUGCUACUUUGCAAUGAGCAUAAAUCAUGUAAAAGUAAUGUAACAAUUUGAUAGAUAUUACGUAACGUCGCAGGAAAAAAAGAUGAGUUUUUCAUUAAAAAAGAAAAAAAAGAAGUGGCAGCUCUAGAAUGAUUAUUGAAUUCAAGUCAGCUGUACUAGUCCUGUUAGUAGCCUGUUAAUAAGGUCAACAAAAUGCAAUUUUUUUCGCAUAUAUACAUGAUGUCCCAAAAAAAACCGCCGAGUGCCCUUUCAAUAACAGAUUCUUUGAUCAAUUUAGUCAAUUUUUCUUGGAGUAGAAUUUAUCUCCGUACGUGAUGCUAAAGAUUCAAGAUACUUGAAAUUAGAUUAUAUUGUAUUAAUUAUAUUUUCCAAGAUUGUGAUAUUUGAAAAGUUACUAAAUUAUAUUUGUAUCAUUACUAUUAUGAAGAUAUUUAAAAUACAGUGUGUAAAAUAAUGUAAAACUUUUAGAUGUAAGGAAAAUAUCCCGAAUUUAUCAGAGAAUCUAGAGGUGAAAGGAAGUACACAGAGAAGUACUUGGGAAAUCUUGUAUUCGAGCGCGUAUGCGUGUAUGGGCGAGAAUUAAAGAGAUACGUACGUAUGUGAGAGACAUUUUAAAUAGAAACUUUCAAAUAAUGUUUGUACCAAAUGAUGUACCAAACACAGGUUCCUUUAUUGGAUAUGGUAUAUAAAUACAUAAACAUACACACAAACAUAGCUAUAGUAUUCUAUGCUUUUUUGAAAUAUGUAUGUAUAUAUAUAUAUCUUUUCAUGUACUUACAUGUUUCAAGAUAUCACAGCAUACCAUAGUAAUGUAUACGAAGAAAAAAACCGUCAAAUGGGGAGAUGUAAUUUUACGGCACACAUUUAAACAUUUCUUAUGCACAUAAUACGAAAAAAAAGGUUGAUAUAAGCACGGAUGCUUUGUGAUUUUUCUUAUAUAAUGAGUCUUGAGUGAAAAGUCUAGUGAUGCAUAAAACUAGUCAAGUAGAAUAAUCCAUAAUGUGCUAUUGUUAAAUCCAAUUUAAAUAUAGAGUCAUGUCAACUUGUAUAAAAUAGGAAGAUUAUUCUGUGCAAUGAUUAAUAUAAGAUCAAGUAUAAAAAUGUGUUCCAAUAUUGGCGAAAAGUGGACACACAUGAUAUAAUUUUCUUACAAAAUGUCGAUUUUUUUUUUCUUAGUGAAUAACGAGUCGAGAUAACACAAUCUUCCUCGAAAUUUUUGUCAAGAUAGAAUUAAGAAUUGAGUCCAAAGGUUCGCGAAAAAUACGUGAUCACUUUUUGCCAAUUCUGCGGAUACCUUAAAUAAUAAUUCUUAAAUUAACAAGUUUUUAAUCUCGUUUUGUUCGAAAGGACAUAACGCGCAACAAAAAAAGAUUGUAUUAAUAGGAAGUUAAUCAUCGACUUAUUGCUUAUUAAUUAUGUGGCAAUAUCUUCGUGUAAAUGUAUACGAAGUGCGGAUACACGACGUAGAUCGAAUAGGAAUAAAAGGAUCAAAAUUGAUGAAAAUUUUGCGAUAUUGUUAAUGAUAGCGUUAUUAUAUACGAGGUCAAAAUAUAAAAACGUAUAUCUUUUCAUGCAAGUAUGACAUAGGCUUGUAAAGUAUUAUUCGAGAUACAUGUAUAAUAGAAUUCAAAGAGUUUCACCGAGCUUUUUUUCAGGAGGAAAAGAGAGAAAGGAGAGAAUAGGAGCGCAUCUUCUUUUCGAAUUUAUGUAAAUAAAUGGCAUGUAUGCAUAUAUAUAUAUGUAGAUAUAGCUUAUAACAAAUGCAUAUAUACAUGUAUGCAUAUAAGUGCAUAUAUUUAUAUAUAUAUAUACACACGUAUUUUAUGGACAUGAAAAUGUAACAUACAGUAAUUAAGCAGAAAGUUAUGAUGUUCAACAAAUUUGAGAGAUUAACUCAUUAAAGUCGAAUAGACAUUCAAGACAUUCUUGGAUUUUGCAAGACAGCAAUAUACUUUAAUAUUCUUGCAGCGACUGUCUCUCUCUCACUAUAUUUGAAGGCAAUAAUUGUCGCCUUUUUACGCAAGUGAACAAAAUCUAGGACAGAUUAAAAUAAUAACUGGACUUUAAUGAGUUAAUUUAAAGCCGAUAUAAUCGAUAUAAAAACUGAUAUUAUAAUAAUGUAGGAUACCAACAUCCACUGGAAGGUAUUUGAAAAGAUAGAUGCUUCAAAAUUUUGCGGGCAAAAGUUAUAUAAAGGAUUAUUUUGCAAUAGUUUAUUUCUCGACAUUAAAUAUUAUUCUGAUCAAGUCUCAAAUUAGCGUUUUGCUAAAAUAAAGUCCACUCGAAACUAAGAAAUGAAAUUAUUUUUAUAAAACUUAUUUUUAUUUCGUUACACUUAUAAAAUAUAGGAAUUCUAUAUGGUAAGAAAAGUCUAUCAUUAAAAUAUUUUCCAGUCGUGGUACUCCGUACACGAAGACUCCCGAAGAAAAAUGAUAAUAGAGCGAUAUUCUUAACCGGAUUUGACGAGCAAAGAAUGACGUUGUUCUCAAGUUCCACAAAGAAUAUCACUCUACUAUUUUCACAUUUAUUUAUUUAUUUAUUUUGUAAUACCGUCUAUGUAUCAUACGGCGUUUCGUAUAAAUUUGUCUACUCUACUACGACACUUGACUUUCAAAUCUUGGCCGUGCAUAAAUGUCACUGUACGUACGUGAGCAUGUUUUUUCCUUUGUUUUUUUUUUUUUGUUCGUUCAUAUUGCCUGAAAGGUGGAAAGGUAUCAUUCCAUCCAUGAUUCUGUAUUAUAACGUACGCAUUAUACAAUAGGAAACGCGAUCAUCAUUUCUAUCUUUAACAAUGUACAUGUAUCCGCAAAUCGUUGUGACCAGACCUCGAGGAGAAUAUGUUUCUGCUGUAAUAUGUAAACUGAUCUUUUGCAGGAAAUUUAAUAUACAUUAUUGUGGCCGCUUCGUGUCGGAAGUGAGUCAUGUGUAGUUAAUAUAAAUAUAGCGCAACAUUAGCUGUAACGAACACCGCUAGAAAAUGAAAUAUUGUAUUGUCACAUAAGCGAAAGUCAAUGUAGCUGAAACGUUCAGUUCAGCAAUUUGAACUUGAUGCUCUUCCCCGCCCCGUGCAGUUCGGUAUAACGAAAAUUUGCGGUUUCUUUAAGGAAAUGCGACACAUCGAGUCCAAUCCAAAUAAAUAUCGAAGCGUUCCAAACACACACAGAACUUGUCUCUCAAUAAUGUAAUUUUAUAAAACGCGAUACCAGCCAGUGUAUCGGCCCGGUUUAUUUAGAAACGAUGGUCCAUCUUGUUGUAAAGCAAUUUGAGCCGCUGAUCGCAGAAGAAUAGAUUGGGGGAAAUCUAGGCGUAUAAAACUUUAUAUAUAGAUAGAAAUGAAUGAAGAAAGGAAAUCAACUGAUAAGAUAAAUAAAAUGUGCGAGCGUUUAAACUUCCUGGUAUCUCUCUGCAGAAUAAAUAAAAUCUAUCUAUUCUAUUGCAA